CGGUGCGAGUGCUGAGUUGUUGGUAACAGCGAGCGAUCGAGGCAUUCCAGUCAGUAACGAGUUGAAAGUGGCUCAAAACGCGUCGCUGAACGAUGGCUGAAAACGUUUAAGUUAAAAAGCGGAUUUAAAUCAUAUAAUAUUGGUGUACAAAAUACAGAAAUAAGCUUAAAAAUUAAGUCUCCGGACAUCCCCUAGAAAAAAGUGAGAAAAUGUGGAGAAACUAACAGGAAUACUAUGAAAAAUUCUGUGAAACUUGGCCAAGAUAAACUCGUUUGCACCAAUACACAUGUGCCUAUACGUAUAAGGGCAACGCAAAAUACUCAGACUCCAGAAGCCAGCAAUUAAAAAAGAAGUUAGUCAGUUAGCGUCUGGGCCGCGUUACUGGUGUAUGAAUCAUACUUUGGAUACGUUUAAAAAUAACAAAACAAAAACCUUCCAAGGAGGAAAAAGUUGUAACUCUGCUGAUGUAAACUUCGAUCAAACUUAGCGGAACGAGCUCGCUUCAAAGCCAAAUACCCAUAACAAGUAAAUUAAGCACACAUUAAAAAAUACCUCAAAUGUCGGUCAGGAAGUUAAGUGCCCUAUCGCUCUCCAUUGGUGGAGUUCCGUUGAUUCCAAGUGUUUCAUUGGUAGCUGCGGCCAAUGGAGAGAGUAAGGAUUGCCAUGGCACGAUCUGUCAUCCGGUCAAUGAAUUUUGCUAUGUUGCAACGGAGAGAUGUCAUCCAUGCAUCGAGGUCUGCAAUAACCAAACCCACAACUACGAUGCGUUUCUGUGCGCCAAGGAAUGUUCAGCUUACAAGACAUUUGAGCCGUUAAAAGCGGAGAUGCUGGACAUCCAGAAUACCCAGCAGCUGAUCCUCUUGUUGCUGACUAUCCUUCUCGUCCUGAUUGCGCUUCGUUGCGCGUUCCAGUUCCUUCGAUGGCUGAUAGGCAACCGGUGCUUCCAGAAGCUGUUGCGCCGUCUCCAAUCGAAGGCCUACCCUCAUCCGGCAACUGCUAAUGGAAAGGAUCUCAAUGCUACCACCAUACAGAAUCUGAAUGCCAUUAACCAUCCUGGCAGCGACCUUGAGCGGGCGCAAUCACAGAUCUACAGUGUGGCAGGUGCCGCCGAGGGUUCCGUUGUUACUAUGACAACGCCGGUGAGCACUCGCUAUCCGGCGGAAAACAGCACCACGCCCACAACAGUUAUGACAGAGAUCGGAUACGGAUACGAUAAUCAGGCCAUGGUCGUAACGCCGGUUUCCGAGAAACCAUCAGCAGCGACGAUUCCUGUCGCUUUCUAAGGCCAUACAAGUACUUGAAAAUUCUUACUUCUAAAUCAGUCCAGCGAAAGCAAAAUGUGCACCACAUUAAAACUAGUGAUAUUUUCCAUAGUUCUUAAGCAAGAAGUCUUCUUUCAAUAUGGAAUACAUAAACAUAUCUGUAGAUUGUACGCGUUAAGUGACAGGUUUAUAUAUGUGGGGACAUAUGUUUGAUAAUCCAAUGCGGCCCUGAAAACUUAUAUUCGAUCUGUAAGAAAUUAUUUGUAAAGGAACGAAUUGUUCAAGAAUACUUUUACUCCUUACUUUAAUAUUUUCCUUAAAGAAACGAUAAUACUUACAACAUCACAACUAUGAAUGAAGAAAUAUAACUGUAAAGAAAUAUAUUCAUAAUGUUCAUUUUAUUAUCAUGUCAAAUUUUUAAUGUGGAAGAGUUUGGUAAAAUGGUAAUAUGGGGAAAACUAAUACAAGCGCACUCACCACAAU